AUGGGAGUUCUUGUUCUGCUAUUCACAGUCUCAAGUCUGCUCCUUCUAGCAGAAUCCAAGACUUUCUGGGGAGACACCCAAGUUCUGAAGCAGCUGAAGAACACACUAGACCCCAACUCAGUUGCUCAAGGCUCCUGCAUUAGCUCAUGGGACUUCAAACUCGACCCCUGCGACUCUCUCUUCAGCGACAAGUUCACUUGCGGCUUCCGUUGUGACCUAAUCGACGACUCCGGUGUGAGCCGAGUCACCGAGAUCGGCCUAGACCAAGCUGGUUACUCCGGUUCAUCCCUCUCCUCCCUCACCUGGAACCUCCCUUACUUGGAAACUCUCGACCUCUCUGGUAACUUCUUCUCUGGUCCCCUCCCCGAGUCCUUAUCCAACCUCACUCGCCUCCGUCGACUCAUCCUCUCCGGAAACUCAUUCUCCGGUCAUAUACCCACUUCAUUUGGGUCUCUUUCUAAUCUAGAAGAGCUUUUCCUCGACAACAAUAAACUCCAAGGCUCGAUCCCUCCCAGUUUCAACAACCUGGUCAGCUUGAACCGGCUGGAAGUCCAAGCCAACACUCUCAGCGGCGAGCUUCCAAACCUCAGCUCACUCACAAGCCUCUACUACUUAGACGCCAGCAACAACGCUAUCACCGGUCAAGUUCCGGCUACAUUACCGUCCUCGUUGAUCCAAAUCUCCAUGCGAAACAACAGCCUCGUCGGAACAGUCCCGGAAACGAUCCAACAAUUAGGGUCUCUACAAGUCCUUGACCUGAGUCACAACCAACUCGGUGACUCAAUCCCGGCACACCUCUUCUCCCACCCAUCUCUCCAGCAGCUCACUCUCUCCUUCAACCACUUCACCUCCCUCCAAACCUCAACCGGAGUCCAAAGCCAGCUCAUCGCCGUCGACCUCAGCAACAACAACUUACAAGGUUUCUUACCAUUCUUCAUGGCCCUAAUGCCAAAGCUCUCCGCUUUGUCCCUCGAAAACAAUAAGUUCACUGGAAUGAUCCCAACCCAGUACGCCUUCAAAGUCGCCGUACCCGGCACCGGAGUCUCGCCGUUCGUCCGGCUUCUCCUCGGCGGCAACUACCUCUUCGGACCCUUACCCGGUCCUUUACUUAGUAUGAAACCCGGUUCGGCAAAUGUAGGUCUAGGCAAUAACUGCCUGUACAGAUGUCCGAGGGUUUUCUUCUUUUGCCAAGGUGGUGACCAAAAAUCGUUAUCCGAGUGUAGAAGCUUCGUCCCUGUAAUCCCCUGA